AUGGAUUCCGUUUUAAAUUUCUCCAAGGCUCUAGUUGCUAAUGGUCAACCCACAUUAUUACUGCCCCUGGUCUCAACUGGUAAUGUACCCCAAUUGACCAUUGAUCUAAUGCUACAUUCCCUUGCAUCAGAAUUCCAAUUUAUAAGGGCAUUGGAUGGUGUAUUUUUACAUCCAUUUCUUGGCCCAUUAGAUCACUCGUUGGAUCAAGAUAAACCCAUACUAUACAAGUCUAAAUUAGAUUCAGGAUCAAAAUUUUCAACAGCUUUAGAAUUAUUUUACAAUGAAGAAAAGAACUUCUACAUUAUUCAACAAAGAACUCCCAUCAUACAAGGAUACAUGAACAAUUUUAUUAAGGAAACAAUACUUCCAUUGAUAAUGGAAUUCAAGAUUGAAAACGUCAUUGUGCUUGAUUCAUUUGGUGUAUUAGAUGAAUUAAAUUUAGAGGGUAGAAAUUUUAAUAGUAAUAAAUCCAAUGGAUUUUGUUCAUUGGGUUCAUGUAAUAUAAAUUCCAUAAAUGAACUAACUCGAAAUUUCAACACAAGUUUGAAUGUUAAUACUAAUAAUGGGAACAACCAUUCCAAUAACGAAGUAGAUUGGUUUAAAUUCACUGGAGAUAGUGUACAACAAGAAAUAUCACCAAAGCAAGAUAUUUUUAAAUUUGCCUAUCAUUUAAUUAAUUCAAAUUUAACUACUGGAUCUACUUUGAAUGAAAUUAAGUACUUGACAUGCUUUGUUCAUGAAGGUGAUAAUUCGAUGGAUGCAAAAAUGUUUACAGAAUGGAUAUUAAGACUAUUAAACUGGAGUACCGAAGAAUCUCCCAUCCAUUUGAAAACUCCAAUUUCUUGGAAAGGUGUAUAUGGAUUUAAUUCAAUACCGGAUUCAUUUGAUGAGGGAAUAUAUAUUUGA